CACGUGGCGUAUGUGCGAUAUUUCCCAAUGAGAUUGAAUUAAACGCGUUUGUCUUCAUUCGGCCUGAAGGACUCCCUGGAGCAUCCUCUCCCGUUGGCCAUAACAAAUGUUUCAUGCCUCAACAUACUGUUCUGCAAAGUUUGGCAGCCAUGAAAACCUCUGACUUUGAUAAUAAACUGCGCGUAUAAACUGCAAAGGGAAAUGAGCAAACAAGGAAAAGUCAUUGUGAAACUGUGAAAGUGUAAUCAAAUAAAUUCUCUCGCACAAUAAUCCGAAAAGAAGAAUAAAGGUCAGGCGUAGAAAAUGUGCAUAAAAACCUGCGACGGCAUCAAAUUCGAUGACAAUAUAGACGGAGGUCAUGAAGGUGGAAAGUAUAACGUCAUCCGUACAGCCAGUUCCGGCUACGAGCACUUCCAACUUCAACUGCAGUUGCAGGCCAAGCUAAACAAACAAAAGCACAAAGGCUCCAAAUUGCCCAACUUUAAGAUUCUAAUGUGCUGUUGCUACUUCAUAAUCAUAGUCUUGAUGAUAUAAAAACUACAAGCAUAAACUACCAUCCACUGAAACUAAAAUUCCAACCAAAAAUGCUUCAAUUAUAUAGAUAAAUGCUUAAGCAUAUUGAAACAACAAAAUGUACCAGAAAUUAACAUUCAACUAAACUCAUAAACCAGUUCUCAUUCGAUUGGUGUCUAUAAUAUAAACCAUCUGUUAUUACAUACGCGUGUGUUACUAAAAAUCAAAUGAAUUAAAUAC